AAUUUUGUUCACCUCCUUGCCUAAUCCCAUGCCCUCUGCGUCUUCAACACCCUCCCUUCGUCUCCACCCCCUCUUUUGCGAAUUCCCUGCUCGCCCCUGCAUUUCCUGUCCCCUCCCUGCGCAUCCCAUCCUCCCUUCUCCCUGCGCCUCUCUUUUUCUUCCUGUCUGCAGCAAUGCCAGGGUACCUGCCACCAGGCCCUUCCAUCCCAUCCGGCCCAGCACAGGCGGGAGGGGCAACGGAGCAGGCAGGUCGGGUGGGUGGCGCGUCUCUCAUGAUUCCCACGCCUGGCGGCCCUCCCGUGAUGGACGCUGGGGGCCUCACUGCCUCUGCUGCUCGCGACGGCGCCUUUCGUGGGGCUGGGGCAGCAGGGGGGGCGGGUGGGGCAGGUGGGGCUGUGGUGGACGGUGCUGCUGUGGCCGGGACUGGUGCCGGUGCUGCUGGCGUGGGUGGUGCAGGCGGUGUGAUGGCGCAUCAGCAGCACUCACGUCAGCAGCCGCAGCAGCACCCGCAUGUUAAGGGGAACGCGGGAUUUCCACAGCGGAUGCAGGGUGGAAAAGGGCCUGUGGGCUCACAGCAAACGCAGCAGCAGCAGCAGCAGCCCUCCGGUUCAACACCCGGUUCGGGAGCAACAGGUGCAGUGCUGAAUGGCGUGCCUGCUAGUACCGAACCUUCUGCCAAAGCCACUGCAGCUGCAGGAGCAGCGGCGGGAGCAGCGGCAGGAGCAGGGGCAGGAGGAGGAGCGACAGCAGGAGCAGGGGCCGUGGCAUUGGUGGAAGCGGGAGCAGGGACGGGAGCAGCAGGGGAUAUAGCAGCAGGAGGCGGCGCGAUCGACCCCCAGCGGGCCAUGCAGUACCAGCGGCAGCAGAAGUGGUUGCACACGCUGCGCCAUGCGUCUCGCUGCAUCGCUGCCAACGGCUCCUGCAACGUGGGCGCGCACUGCCGCGUGUUUCGAGAGCUCUGGGCCCACUGCUCCCGCUGCAAGGACCCUGAGUGCGCUUACCCCCGCUGCGUCCCUUCCAGGAAGCUUCUCCACCAUCACCAGAUCUGCCGGGAUCCCAAGUGCCCCGUGUGUGGGCCUGUGAGGCGCGCGUUUCAGCAGCAGAUGCUGGCGGCGAGAGCGAAUGCGGCGGCUGCUGCGGCUGCGGCGGCUGCCGCUGCUGCUGCGGCUGCGGCUGCAGCAGCUGCUCCUGUAGUGACUGCUGCAGCUGAUGCCGCUGCGGGUACUGGGAAUGAGCGACAGGACGGGAAAGAGGUCGAGGCAGAGGCAGGUGCCAUUGAUGGUCAAAUCACGACCGUGCCUGUGGCGGAUGGAGCAGUUGCGGUGAACGGCGACGCUUCCAAUGCUGCAGCAGCUGCAGGUGGGCAGGGAGAUCACUCCACUGCUGUGCCGGUUUGGGUGGGGCAGAGCAAGCAGAAGCAGGAGAAGCUGCAGGCGGCGCAGCAGCUGCAGCAGCAGCAGCCGCGGGACAGCGACUGCCGGCUGUGCUCCGUGGAGAAGCUCUUCUUUGACCCGCCGCCCAUCUACUGCACGGCGUGUGGGCGCAGGAUUCAGAGGAACAAGGCGUAUUAUGCCACGCCGGGCGCGGGCGACCAGCGGCAGUGCGUGUGUAACCGGUGCUAUGGGGACUUCCGAGGGGAUGCGAUCACGCUGGAGGGGCUCCGGCCGAUUCCCAAGGCUAGUCUCACCAAGAGAAUUAAUGAUGAGGAGACAGAGGAAGCGGUAUGUGCAUUUCUUGUGCAUUUCUUUCUCCCUGGUCCUCCCAUUUGGUUUUCUCCGUUUGAUCUUGCUGGCUCCCCGUCCCAACCUACUCUCCCUGUUCCCCCCUCCUUCCCUUGUAUGCGCAAUCUGCUGGUAAGUUGUGGGUGCAGUGUGACACGUGCGACCGGUGGGUGCACCAGGUGUGUGCGCUGUUCAACGGUGACCAUUGUCUCUCACACUACCCCUUCCUCUUCUUUCCCUGCCCCCUCCCCCCUCGCUCCACCCCCACCAGUGGGUACAAUGCGACACGUGCGACCGGUGGGUGCACCAGGUGUGUGCGCUCUUCAACGGGCGGCGCAACGAGGGCGAGGCGGAGUACACGUGUCCGCUGUGCUGCUGCGAGCAGAUGGAGCGAGGCCUCCGGGCGCCUCUCCCGCCCUCCACCGUGCUCGGCGCCGAGACCUGCCCCGCUCGCGCCUCUCAGAUCAUUUAGAGGGGCGGCUGGCGAAGAGGCUGGCGCAGGAGAGGGAGGAGAGGGCCAGGCAGCAGCGGAAGAGACCAGAUGAGGUGAGGCAAGCUGCAGAGGAAGAAUGGACCUGCCUCGCUCGCGCCUCUCGGAUCAUUAGGGGCGGCUGGCGAAGAGGGCUGGCGCAGGAGAGGGAGGAGAGGGCCAGGCAGCAGAGGAAGAGACCAGAUGAGGUGGAAGGGCCGGAGGAGCUGGUGAUACGAGUGGUGUCGACCGUGGACAAGAGGAUGGAGACUCUUGCAUUGACUCUGAGGUUUUCUCUUGUGCCUUCAUUCUCUGCGUAUCUGUGUGUGGUUAUGCAGGUGGAAGGGCCCGAGGAGCUGGUGAUCCGAGUGGUGUCAUCGGUGGACAAGAGGAUGGAGACGAAGCCACGCUUUCUCAAACUUGUGGUGCUGUUGUUCCAGCCACAUAGUGGGGGGGGAUGGAGGUGUGCCUCUAUGCCAGUCAGUGAGCCCUCUCUUUACACCCGCUCCAUAUUCUCCUCCCUCGUCCCCCCUCCCACUUCCUCCACAACGCUCACCAGGUGGUUGCUGCUGUUUCAGCGCAUAGAGGGCGUAGAGGUGUGUCUCUACGCCAUGUGUGCUUGCUUGCUGCUAGGUGCUGGUGAAUUUCUGGUUCAAGCCAACCACCGCCGCAUCUACCUCUCCUACCUCGACUCCAUCAAGUACUUCCGCCCGGGACUACUUCGCCCGGACGUGCGCACUGUCAACGGGGAGGCCCUGAGCACAUUCGUCUGCCAUGAGAUACUGAUCGGGUACCUGGAGUAUUCCAAGUACCUCACCAUGCUGCGGAAAGCCACGGCAGAGAGCAUGGUGGUGGAGGUGAGCAACCUCUACGACACCUUCUUCUUGUUCAACCGCCUCUCUCCUACACCUCCCUUCCAUCCCCCUUCUCCAGGUAUCUCACCAUGCUGCGCAAGGCAGACUGCAGAGAGCAUGGUGGUGGAGGUGAGCAACCUAUACGCACCUUCUUCUCUUUCAACCGCCUGUUCCCCUCUCUUAUCCCACCCUCCCACCCAUCUCCCUUUAUUAACAGGUACCUCACCAUGCUGCGGAAAGCCACCUCCAGAGAACAUCGUGGUGGAAGUGAGCAACCUGUACGACACCUUCUUCGUGCAGAUCGGGGAGUGCCGCGCGCUGCCCUCCGCAGCCCGCCUGCCGUACUUUGACGGGGACUACUGGCCGGGCGCCAUGGAGGACGAGCUGCAGAAGCUGCUGGAGGAGCGCGAGGAGGAGAAGGCCGGAGGGAAGGGGCCCAAGAAGGCAAAGAAGAGCAAGGCUUCGAGCAAACGGGGGGGGCGGAGGGGGCAGGGAUGA